AAAAAACAAAUGGGAAAAAAACCCCAAACCUGCUGAGCUGAUGAUUUCCAAACCUUUAUGUAAUGGAAUUGUGCAAGGUGUAUCUUGGAAUUAGCGCACACAGCACUCAUCUAGGUUUAAUGUAUCAGAAAACUUAGACUGAAUUCACUUGGCUGUUAGAAAGUAGAGAGAUCAAGAGGUCAUUUAGUCCAUUUCUCUUCUUCAAGGCCAGAUCACCUAAACCAAACAUGACGGGAGAUCGUUUAAUCCAUUUUGAAUUACCACUAUUUCUGCAACUCUCCUCAUGUCUCUAGUGGUCUAUUUCAGUGCUUAAUUAAUGCAGAUUUUAAGAACUGAUACUCAGUGCUUUCCUUUCACUAGUACUGAGAAUAAUUUCAUUUUGUCUUCAGCUGUAAUAGAAAAAUAAUCAUAAUAGCGGAUAUAACUAUUGCUAAUUAAAGACAUCUGUUAACCUUUCAUCCAUAGGACAGUUGUCUGUAGACUGUAUUUCUUCCUGUCAUCUGCAUGUAUGAUAGGUAUCCUUUUACCAACUAUUAAAUAAGACUAGUAUAGUAUUUAUGCUUUCUGUCUUCAUACAACGCUUGCUAGAAGAAAAUUCCUUUUUUGCUUUGGAAAGCUAUGAAUAUGUUAUACCAAUGUUAUCAAGUAAAUGAAAUAUGUAAGACAGGUGAUGUUUAUGUUCACUGAAAAGCUCUUUAUUGAUGAGGGUUUUAUAAUGCGUGUAGCUUAAAUGCAAUCCACAUCUGUUUGACUUGAAGCCAAGAUGGGAGAGCUGAAAAGGUGUUGGAGGAAACUGUUAACUCAAAUGCGUUGAACUUGCUCUUUUGCUAAGAAAAGCUGUUGAGUAAAAUGUACAAUGUCACAGUUCCCUGGGAGGUAAUGAUGAACUCUUCAGAGGACAUACUCAGUGAAAUCCUUCUACUGGGGCGAAGUGCUAUUUAAAAAUAAAACAAAGGAGGGUAAAAGGAGGAAAAAACCCUUCAUAUUCUACCAAUGUCCAAGAGCCUUUCUGGAAGAGAGCAGAAAUGUUUAAGCAUAGGAUGCAAGUAUUCACUUUCAUUCCUGUCACUUAGCAGCUAACUUCUUGCUCCUGUUUAGAGCUGCGUGCUUAUUUUUAAACAAUUUGUCAUGUUGAUGGAAAGUAAGAUAAAUUAAUGCAGGUGAAAAGGAACUGUGAUUGCUUGUGCUUCAUAACAUCUCACAAACGUCCCAUUUGUCAAGUAGAGAUAAGCGAGGUGGAAAAGAUGCAUUUCAACUAAGUGAAGAUAUGCUUCUAAGUAAAUAUAUAGGUUGCAGAACCUGGGGGGGGUUUUGUACUCAAAUUAUUCCCUGCGGUGUAGCUGCUGUUGAAUCUGCUGACUUUGCUAAUGAUCCAAAUCCCGGAAAAUAGUAAGUAGAUAACUAUCAAUCCUUCCAGAAUCUACCACCAACUGCACAACCAGGCCCUAAAUUGAGGUUCCAGAGAAAGUAUAUGUAGAAACAUGACUGAUAUCUUGUCCAGCUUUCCUGUUAAAAUAAAUCUUGAAGGGAAUGCUUUUUUGCUGAUGGCUGGUUUAGAGCUCAGUUUUUAUGCACCAAUGUAUAAUGGGGGUGGAGGGAAGGAGUGUUGUGUUUGUAAACUGGCUAGAUGUGCCGUGGAAGGUGUUGACAAAUUUCCUAAAUGCUAAAGCGUGGCUUGAAGAGGAUGUCUUUGGUUUGUCUUCCUAGAAUUUUUCCAUAUAGAGGUGCUUGUAGGAAGUUAUGUUACUCUGUCUUCACAGAGUUCAGUGUGCUUUGGAAAGAGUUGAUAUGGGGAACAGUUGGACUGGAAAAAUAUAUACCAUCGAAGUCUGUAUGACUGAAGUCAGAAUCUGCAUUGUCUUUUUUUAAUGCAGAUAGAGGAGUGAGCUGCACUUAACUUUUAAAAUUAGAAUGAAAAGUGGUCACUUACCUGGAGCAAUCUGCUCUGAGCUGCCACUAGUUUGUUAUAUAAAGGCUGAAGUGGAUACUUCAGCCUUUUACAAUUUGUGGUUACAAGGUGGGGUGGGUGGCCACUAGAGGACACUGUGCUCACAACCAAGAGUUGUGUCUGCAGAGGGAGGAUGGAGGAGCUCCAACAAACCUGCACUGGUGCUGCUUUGAAAGCUAGGCAAACGGACCAACGAUUGCUUGAGGGUAAGGUACAAAAAGCCUGCUCUAUAAUGUGACCUUUUUCUGGCGAGAAAAAGAUUGCUUUUACCAUCAAUGACAUGGCUGCCACUCAAGCAUUUGUAAGUGAUUGAGUGCAAGACAUCAGCUACUGUAUAAUGAUCAUUUGCCCAAUGUUUUGCAUGUCACCAAAAUCUAAAUACCUGGCAGACUUCUGGGUGAGGAUGAGGAGAGAGAUAAAUCUUAGAUAAUAUACUCCAGAAUAUAUUAAUAAGCCUUGAUUUACAAGUUUAAGAGUGGGAAACUGGCAAAAAUAACCACUUAAAAGGCAAAAAAGCCCCAACCCUCUCCUGCUGAUACUUAAAUAAUCAGCUGAGGGGAAAGAGAACAACAAAAGCAAGAAAAGAUAAGAUGAAAGGUAAAUGUUCCAGUAAUUCAUUCUGGUAUUUGUAGGAAUGUUACAUUCAAAUCAACCUGCUGUUGAGAAAGUAUCUUGUGAAUGGAACUCCUCCGUUUAUUUCCUAGGAUCUCUGUAUUUUGGAGGUUUAAAUGUUACUCUGGCUAAUUACUGUUUUGUCACAUUAAUUGUCUUACAGUUUACAAUGUAGAGCAAUCGCAGAUUCAGAGGAAGCUUUGGGUUGAUUCUCCAGGUAGCGAGGAAUGAUAAUGAUAAAAGAUGAUCAGCUGGAAACAUGUCUUCCCUUCUGCAUCUCAAUUUUUUGUUGCCCAGUGGAAGAAGGGAUUGAGGUCUGCAUUUCCUACAUGAACUCCUGCAUUUCAAACUCAGUUUCAUUGUUUGUUUCCCUCUUAACCCCUCAACUGCCUUGAAUUUCUCCAAAAUCCCAGUUGGUUUUAAAUAUGACAUCCUUGUAGGAAAAAACUGGAUUAGUUGAAAGGUCUUUGAAAUGAAUUAGCUUCUACUCUGUUUGCAUUGUGUCAAUGCCUACAGUCAGUUUUUGUCUUAUUUAUCUGCAGGUUGUUUAUCUCUGUUUAGCCAUUUCCCUUUUAAAUUCACUUAUCUGUAGCACUCGGAGUUUCCAUCUGUGGUUGGAAACUUAUUUUGCCAGAUGUUAUGCAUACGUGUAAUAGAAGCAGUCUCUGUCCUAAAAGUCUUAGCAUCUAAUACGUUUGACAGAGGCUCUUAGAUGGGAUGCUAUCCUUAGUGUGCGAGGAGCGUGCUAAAGUAAGAAUGUUGACAUUCCCAAAAUCACACAGAAAUUUGUACCCAGGCCUUCUGAGUCCCAACGCAGCACUGUAAGCACAGGUACAUUCUGUAGGCUUUUAGAUAAAUGUGGCCAAGGAGAAGGUGAAGAGUUAAUUUGCUGUUCAGAGUAACAAACAAGGCAAGAAUAAGUCAAAAUUAAGCAUUUGUACUUAAACACCACAAUUAAAGGGGGGAGGGAACAGUCUGGUCUUCAAUGAUGUACAUAAUGGCAGAGAGGGUGGGUGGUUGGACUGUCAAACUGCCUUAAUUUAAUUGCAAACACAUGCUGAUGAGUCCCCUCCUCCUCCUGGACCUCAGGGCUGGGAAACUUUUUUUUUUUUUGUGUCAGCUCCCUGCAGUUCAGAAUUGAGGAAAAUACACUCCAGCAAACACCAUGCUGAUCAAACCUUCAGCUCUUCGAGGCUUUUUGUGUUUUCUCCUUUUGCCUAGUUUCUCCUGUUCCUGUCCUAGUCGCUGCUUGUGCUUCAGGACUACAGUAAGAUGCAUGCAUCUGAUGUUGGAAACCAUCCCUGAUAUCCCACCCCAGACAAAUAUACUAGAUUUACGUUUCAACCACAUCAAGGAGAUAAAACCUGGAGCCUUCAGGAAACUGAAGAACCUCAACACACUGCUGCUGAACAAUAAUUUGAUAAAACAAAUUGUGAGAAGAUCCUUUGAAGAUCUGGAGAACUUGAAAUACCUCUACCUUUACAAAAAUGAAAUCCAGAGUAUCCAGCAACACGCCUUUCAUGGACUCCGUUCACUGGAACAGCUUUACCUGCAUUUCAACAAUCUGGAAACCCUGGAGCCAGAGACUUUUAGUGACCUGUCUAAACUUGAAAGACUAUUCUUGCACAACAACAAAAUUUCUAGGAUUCAUCCAGGGACAUUCUCUCAACUGGAAUCCCUCAAACGACUGCGACUGGAUUCCAAUGCCCUGCUUUGCGACUGCGACUUGAUGUGGCUGGCCGAACUGCUGAAGAAAUCCGCGGAGCAAGGCAGUAUCCAGACAGCCGCCACCUGCGAGGCUCCGCGGGAGCUGCAUGGGCGCUCCAUCGUCACCCUCACCGCUCAAGAGUUUCACUGUGAGAGCCCUCGCAUAACCUCAGAGCCCCACGAUGUUGACGUCCGCUUGGGAAACACUGUUUAUUUCACCUGCAGGGCAGAAGGCAACCCAAAGCCUGCAAUUAUAUGGCUGCACAACAAUAAUGAGAUUGACAUGAAAGAUGACAACCGUCUUAACCUGUUGCAAGAUGGAACCUUGAUGAUCCAGAACACCAAGGAGUCGGACAAAGGCGUCUACCAGUGCAUGGCCAAGAACAUAGCUGGGGAGGUCAAGACGCAGGAAGUCGUUCUGCGCUAUUUUGGCACCCCAUCCAAGCCCACUUUUGUGAUCCAGCCGCAGAACACUGAAGUGCUGGUUGGGGAAAGCAUCACCUUGGAGUGUGGGGUCUCUGGGCACCCCCACCCUCGCAUCAGCUGGACACUUGGCACAGGCUCUCCUUUACCACAGGAUUCCCGUUUUGCCAUCACCAGCUCUGGAGGACUCUACAUUCAGAACGUCACCUUCCUGGACCAGGGGCAAUACAACUGCAAUGCCAGCAACACUGAGGGAUCCAUCCAGGCUACAGCAAAGAUCAUAGUGCAAGAUUCUCCCAGGUUUCUCCUUAUCCCCACCGAUCAGACGGUAACUGAGGGGCAAAGCGUGGAUUUCCCCUGCUCUGCCGAGGGUCAUCCUCCACCUGUUAUUGCCUGGACAAGGGCAGGUGGGCCUUUGCCGAAUGACCGGAGACAUAGCAUCCUCUCCACUGGUACCCUGCGGGUGAUGAGGGUUGCUUUACAUGACCAAGGUCAAUAUGAAUGCCAUGCUAUCAGUGCCAUUGGUGUAAGGAGCCUCCCAGUACAGCUGACAGUGACCCCUCGAGUGAUACCUGUGUUUCUUCAUCCCCCCCAAGAUGUGGUGGCAGAGACAGGCCAGGAUGUUGCGAUUACCUGUGCUGCCCAAGGAGAUCCACGGCCCACCAUAACCUGGGUCAAAGAGGGAAUUCAGAUCACGGAGAGUGGCAAGUUCCACGUAAGCCCGGAUGGGACCCUCUCCAUCCAAGACCUUGGCGUGGCUGAUCAGGGCAGAUACGAGUGUAUAGCAAGAAACCCCUUUGGCUUCACCUCCAGUACUAUGCAGCUCACUAUCACUGCCAUGGAUGUCGGUCGGAGCGGUGACAUGUUUGUAGCCACAUCAAUACGGGAAGCCAUCAGCAGUGUGGACUACGCUAUUAAUUCAACACGCACUGAGCUGUUUAGCAAGCGCCCCAAGACUCCCAAUGACCUUCUGGCUCUCUUCCGUUACCCCCGGGACCCCUAUACCAUUGAAACAGCCAGGGCGGGUGAGAUCUUUGAAAGAACCUUGCAGCUGAUUCAAGAACAUGUGCAGCAAGGCUUAAUCGUGGAUAUGAAUGUCACAGGCUAUCGUUACAAUGACUUGGUCUCCCCUCACUACCUGAACAUGAUUGCCAACCUGUCUGGCUGCUCUGCACACCGCCGUACACCUAACUGCUCAGAUAUCUGCUUCCACAAGAAGUACAGGACCCACGACGGCUCUUGCAACAACCUCCAGCACCCUAUGUGGGGUGCAUCUCUCACAGCCUUCCAGAGACUCCUCAAGCCAGCCUACCAGAAUGGAUUUAACCUCCCCCGGGGAUUUUCUUUGGCAGAAGACUCCAGGGACCUGCCCCUUCCAUUACCCCGCCUUGUCUCCACUGCCAUGAUUGGGACUGAGACCAUCACCCCAGAUGACCAGUUCACUCACAUGCUCAUGCAAUGGGGCCAGUUUCUGGACCACGACAUGGACCAGACAGUGGCAGCCAUUAGCAUGUCCCGUUUCUCCGAUGGGGCACCCUGCAGCGAGGUGUGCAGCAACGACCCUCCUUGCUUCUCCGUCAUGAUUCCUGGGAAUGACCCCCGUGUGAGGAAUGGGCGCUGCAUGUUCUUUGUCCGCUCGAGCCCUGUGUGUGGCAGCGGGAUGACCUCAUUGCUAAUGAACUCCGUCUAUGCCAGGGAGCAGAUCAACCACUUGACCUCUUACAUUGAUGCCUCAAAUGUUUACGGCAGCACCGAGCAGGAAUCGCAGGAGCUGAGGGAUCUGAGCAACCAGAGUGGAUUGCUGAAGCAAGGGCAAGUUGUGCCCAGCUCGGGGAAGCACCUUCUUCCCUUUGCUGUGGGGCCACCCACCGAAUGCAUGAGAGAUGAGAACGAGAGCCCUGUGCCGUGCUUCCUAGCAGGAGACCACCGUGCCAAUGAGCAGCUGGGUCUCACAUCCAUGCACACCCUUUGGUUCCGGGAGCACAACCGUAUUGCCAAUGAGCUAUCAGCCCUCAAUCCCCACUGGGAUGGAGAUCUCGUAUAUCACGAGGCACGGAAGAUUGUGGGUGCCCAAAUGCAACAUAUCACCUAUGCCCAGUGGCUCCCCAAGAUCCUUGGGGAAGCCGGAAUGAAGAUGCUGGGUGAGUACAAAGGCUACAACCCAAACAUCAAUGCGGGAAUCCUCAAUGCUUUUGCCACCGCUGCCUUCCGCUUUGGGCACACCUUGAUCAACCCCGUUCUGUACCGGCUGAAUGAAACCUUCCAGCCCAUCCGCCAAGGCCACAUCCCCCUGCACAAAGCCUUCUUCUCCCCUUUCAGGAUCACACAGGAGGGUGGGAUUGACCCCCUCCUCCGCGGGCUAUUCGGGGUGCCUGGGAAAAUGCGGGUACCCUCAGAACUCCUCAACAUGGAGCUGACAGAGAAGCUCUUCUCAAUGGCACACUCGGUCUCACUGGACUUGGCUGCUAUCAACAUCCAGAGAGGGCGAGACCAUGGCAUCCCACCUUACAAUGAUUUCAGGGUCUUCUGCAACCUCUCAUCUGCACAGGAGUUUGAGGACCUCAGAAAUGAGAUAAAGAACUUGGAGAUCAGGGAAAAGCUCAGGAGCUUAUAUGGAAUUACCAAAAAUAUUGACCUGUUUCCAGCACUGAUGGUAGAGGAUCUUGUCCCUGGUACCAGGGUUGGACCAACACUGAUGUGUCUGUUAACAACGCAGUUCAGAAGGCUGAGAGAUGGAGACAGAUUUUGGUACGAGAAUCCCGGGGUCUUCACACCAGCGCAGCUGACUCAGAUCAGACAGACAUCCCUUGCUCGUAUCAUCUGUGACAACAGUGACCACAUUCAGCAGCUCCAGAGAGACGUCUUCCAGGUGGCAUCAUACCCGCAGGGCAUGGUUGGUUGUGAAGAGAUUCCAGCAGUGGAUCUCCGCUUGUGGCAGGAUUGUUGUGAGGACUGCCAGACACGUGGACAAUUCAAGGCUCUUUCCCAGCGGUUCCGAAGCAAGAGGUCUCCCAGAUUCAGCUACCCGGAAGAAAACCCUUCCAAGCACAAGCCUACAUUUCCCAGGAAUGAGGUGCCUUCUCCACGCCCUACCUCCAGAGAGAAUCUUGAGUCCCUUGUGGCUGAACUAGAGAAGACGGUUGCUUCCCUACAGAAACAGGUAAAUGUCCUAGAGAGUCAGCUGAGGUGGCACCACAGGAACACUAGUGCGUAUGGACAGGGGAAGAGGACUGGAGACAAAUGGAGAAAAAGAUGACCACGUUGCCUGUUCAUACAAGGUGCCCCAUGACCUGCUCUCCACCGGCCAGUUCAAUCCACGCCUGAAGGGCUCCAGAACAGCAGCCUGCAAGACCCAGCAAUGCUCUGCCUCCUCUCACACCUCCUGUAUGGCUCCCUGUCCCAGGACGACUGUACUUCUGCCUGUACCGAACCCUCUGCACUGACUGUUUGUGACCCCCCUCAGCCCCUGACUGUUUCUACAUUCAUCAGCCUCCAGGGAAUAGGUUUUCCCUCUGCACUGCCCCAUUUAAUGGUGGCAGACUAGCAGUCUGCCAAGAUGCCGCUUUCUGCCGUAGUCCCCAGCACAGGAAAUGGAGGAUAAUUGAAGCUGCUUUAGUGCCACUGUUCUGCUUUUCUCUUUUUCCCAUGCAAUGCUGUCAUCAUCCACCACCGCUUGUCUGCAAUGUCCCAUGGCACCUAGGCUAAACAGUUUAUUAUGAGGCAAAAUCUUCCUCAGAUAAGCUAUCUCCAAGUUUUGGUGCCAGGAAGCCCCUGGAGAAAUAUUACUGUGUUUUAAAAAAAAUUAAACAAACAUAACCCCCCCCCCCCAAAAAAAAAAAAAAGAGCAAAAAGAGCAAGAACAACCGCAGGGCCCCGGCAAGCACUGUUGGCUGGGCUUGCAGUUCAUGCCAGCAGCAACGAAAUGAACCCAGUGCCUAGGGAAUCUCCCCACUGUCUGGUUGCCUCCAAAUGGGAUGCCAGAAACAGAAGAGCGUGGUGGCCCGCAUUGCUGAGAUCAGCCACUGUGCUUUGCCAAUCAUUUGAUAAUGAGUGGAGCGUCCUCAAUUAUAUUACCAUGUGAGUGAAUCUACCGUUACGUGCCCAGUGCUAAGAAGCUUUUUGCUAAACAUGAACUGCGUUCUCCAAGUUUCUACCCUUUCGGGUUUUUAAUUGGAUUUAUGUUUCUCUUCUUCUUUCUCCCAAAAGGCUCAUAGCUGGAAGAUGUAUUUAGAGUGUGAACAUAACAGGACCUGAAACAGAACCUCAGAUAAUUAAAUGUAAUGGGCUCUCUCAUUAAUGGAAGGGAGCUGCUGGUUUCCGUCAAUUAGUACGGGAGAACACUAUGUGCAGUAUUUGACACACCGAUGAAUACAAAGCGCUGUUUGUGUUUAUUGCUCCCAGGUGCUCUGCAACUAAACCAGGACUGCGUAACCAGCUUUGCUGGAUAGAUGUUAUGGUUUUGUUGCUCUUUGGAGGUGCUUUUUAGUGGUGCUAGAACCAAAGUCCCUGUGUAGCUACCAUAGCCCAAAAUCUGUGGACAGGUUGGAUUUUAAUACAUUAAUCCAAGCCAGUUGCAGGGACCAAGAGAAAUACUUGAUCCAUUAGACUAUGCCUUCCUUUCUUUUUCACUUUUUCUUCCUGUGUCCUCCCUCCUCUCUUCCCACAGUGCAAGAAUCAGAAACUUUUAUGAGCAUGCCUGUUCUUUUCUUCUCCUUUUUUUUUUUGUUUUUUUUUUGUUUUUUUUUAAGGUGUGUUAUAGUUCCAAAGGGAUUUGAAGCAGCAGGGAUGCUCCUGGAAGUUAAUAGGAAAAUAAAAAGAUACUAGAAAAAGA